UCUACAGACUCUGUUUUCUCAUUCGGUUCUUGCAAAGAAGGCUGGUACUACCGUUGCAUCGGCCUCGACCCGUGACCCAUCAUCAUCAUUCAUCCUUUGUUGUAGUAGAUCUUGUUUUUUUAUAAGUUUUUGAAAAAAAAAAAAAAGGAUGGUGCUUUGCAAGAAGAAGAGUCAGAUCGUUAAAGGAAACAGAAUCUUGAUCAGCGUUACGUUUCUUGGUAGUGCUGGUCCGAUCAGGUUCGUUGCUAAUGAAGGUGAUCUCGUCGCAGCUGUGAUUGAUACUGCUUUGAAAUGUUACGCUAAAGAAGGUCGUUUGCCGAUUCUUGGAUCUGAUUUCAAAGAUUUUGUUUUCUAUUGUCCAUUGGUUGGACCUGGAGCUUUGAGUCCAUGGGAAGCAAUAGGGUCGUUGGGAGUGAGGAACUUUAUGUUGUGUAAGAAACCAGAGGAGAAGAAGAAGAAGGUGGAAGGAGACAAUGGAAAAAGUUCGAAUUUUCCGGUUAAUGGAGCUAGAAAAGGAGGAGCUGGUGGAAGAAGCUUUAAGGCUUGGAUUAACAAGUCUUUUAGUCUUAAAGUCUCAACUCAUUAGCUCUCUCUUUUGAAUGUGUGUGCUCACUCAGAUUGGUUCUCUGUUUUUUUUUUUUUUGGUUUUUGUCAUGUUUGAACUUAUGAUUUGUUUUGUUUCUUACGAUGAAGUUGCUUUCAGGAAAUAAAAUAAGUUUGAAGUUCUUUUGAUAUUUUGUGUUCUCAAUGUGUAUUCUGCAAAAUUAGUUUUAAAAUUUUGAUUAACAGAAA